AAUACCGACCCUUCAGUGACGAGAUUCUUCUUCAUCAGACAUGGCCAAACAGACCACAAUGUCAAGAAGAUCCUUCAAGGCCAUUUGAACACAGAUUUGAAUAGCGAAGGACACCAACAGGCUGUCAAGCUAGCAGCUGCCCUCAGGUCAUUCCCUUUCGAAAGGAUCUACUCAUCUGAUCUGAAGAGGUGCCAGGAUACUGCCAAUACAUUGGCAAAUGGUCUUGAUUCUCCACAGAAAAUCAUCUUCACCCCGGAGCUGAGAGAGAGACACAUGGGAGUAAUCCAAGGAAUGCACAUUGAUGAUGCGAUUGCACACGGUGAGAAACACGGUAAACACUAUAGAGAGUUUGGUGAAACCACAGACGAGUUCACAAACAGACUCUCAGCUUAUAUCGAAACUUUGAAACAAGACACCAAGGGACUGAAGAACGUUGCCGUUGUUAGUCAUGGUGGUACCAUUAGAGCCGUGUUGAAGCUCUGCGGUAAAACUGAAGGUGUCGUCUACAACACGAGUGUCACCGUGAUAGAUUUGAAAGAUGAUAAAUGGGACAUCCGUGUUGUUAGUAACACUGACCACUUAGGCGCACAGUUGCACGUCACAGAUCAAAGAGUUAGA